UUUGAUUUUAACGACUCCACUGGAACCGGUAACACUCCCCAUGCGGAUUCAAAACUCCGCGUUCCUCCGCCAAACAAGCCACUCCCUGCCUCCAAGUCCAUCCCUCAUGUUCCUUCCGGGUACGACCCAGUUCACCCCACCCGAUCCCAUUCAUCCGCCUCAAGUUCUGCCGGUGGUACAAAUGUGAGUCAACCCAAUUCCCCACAUCCUCCAGCUUCAUCCGCGUGCUUGGCCGAGGUCAAGCGCGAGCAAGAAGCAUUGAAAGCCGAGCAGUUAGCGCAUGAUGGAGACGAUGAAGAGGAUGAGGAAGAAGAACAGGAAAACUCCGGUUAUCGUAGACGCACAUGGCGUGUACCAUCCCAAACGCGUCGAACAAAAAUAAACGAUGCAGUUAAACCAGAGCCAUCUAACACUAAUUCCACCCAACGGCUUCCAACCCCAGAACCGGCUGCAAGUGUACCGCAACCAGCUCUUGCUUCGACCCGACCUAGGCGACAGCACCCUCGUAUUGAUGGUCCUAAUCCGUACGUACUAAGCGGGUCUUCAUCGAGUAAGCGUCGAAAAAUGAAUAAUGGCUGUUAUCACUCCAAAUUGAGCAUUCAUGGGCGACGUAAUGUGUUGGAGUUGACCAAACACAAUACAGCUAAUUCGACCAAUCCCAACCCAUCCCGACCAAUUCCGUCUACUGUGAAAAUCGAUGGUGAAGGUACCAAACGACGCACGGUUGCCGAAUCCGUUGAGGUCAACACAAACGCAUUUAUAAAUAAUCGAGAAACAAGAACGUCCAAGCGCAAAUCCACUCGUUCUGCUCGUCGCUCUUCCUCUUCUCGUACGCGGCAUGACAGUUCCAGCAAACCCGCCUUGAAAUGUCGCAUUCGAGUCCCUCGCUCCUCUUUAUCCCUCACCUCUCCCUCCUCCGCUGAUCCAACUGAGUCAAAUGAGACGAGUAUAGAUGAAAACAAUAUUCGACCAACUGCAUUUCCUCCCAGUGCUAAUGAACCUCGUUCGAUCCCACCUACAUCCAACGAGACUGCUUCUCGUUCAGAAGCCACGGCUGAAACAUCUACUAAUGGUGCAGAUGACUCCAUCCUCGGAGGAGCAUCGGCUCCAUCCCAGUCCUUUGUACGACUGUCCACUGAAUCAAAAAAUACCAGUGCCAUGACGGAUAGUAGUGGUGCCAGUGCGUUGGAAAUUUCCCACUAA